UUUUUUCUUUUCCAGAUGAGUUCGUUUAGCACGCGAGCUCUGACGCUGCUCUCCUCGGUCUUCGGGGCCUGCGGUCUUCUGCUGGUGGGCGUCGCUGUGUCCACAGACUACUGGCUGCUGAUGGAGGAAGGCAUCGUCCUGCAGCAAAACCAGACCACUGAGGUCAAGAUGGCGCUUCACUCUGGCCUCUGGAGAGUUUGCUUUGUUGCAGGACCAGAAAAGGGAAGAUGUGUUGCAUCAGAAUAUUUCACCGAGCCAGAGAUAGAGAUCACAACAGAAAAUACAGCCAACAUACUCAAGAUGGUACGGACUGCCACCCCCUUCCCCAUGGUGUCUCUGCUCUUCGUCUUCACGGCCUUCGUCAUCAGCAACAUCGGGCACAUCCGGCCCCAGCGCACCAUCCUGGCCUUUGUUUCUGGUAUAUUCUUCAUUCUAUCAGGUCUGAGCCUGGUGGUAGGUCUGGUGUUAUACAUCUCCAGUAUCAACGACGAGGUGAUGAAUCGGCCCAGGGAACCCGAGCAGUUCUUCCACUACCACUACGGCUGGUCCUUUGCCUUCGCCGCCUCAUCCUUUCUGCUCAAAGAGGGUGCGGGCGUGAUGUCCGUCUACCUCUUCAUGAAGCGCUACGCUGAGGAGGAGCUGUACCGCCCCCACGCUGCGCUCUACCGCCCCCGCAUGUCCGACUGCAGCGACUACAGCGGCCAGUUCCUCCACCCGGACUCCUGGGCCCCUCCGCAGAGGGGCCGCAGCCCCUCCGACGUCUCCUCCGACAUCUCCAUCCAGCUCAACCAGACCCCCCCGCAGCAGAAGCCUCCUAAGGGGGGCAGCAGCUCCCAGGCCACCCCCUCGUCCUCCGGGCCCUCGUCGGCGGCCAGCUACCAGCUCCACCCGGCCUCCUCCUCCUCCACCUCCUCCUCCUACCCCCACCCUCUUCACCCAGGUGCCACCUCCACCCUGCCCAGGGUCUCCCACGUCCACACCCACUCUCAGCCCCACCCCCACACGAGUGGGCCCCCUCCCCAGUCGCUGCCCAUGGCCGGACCGCACUCGGCCAUGCCUCCCCCUCGCUAUCACACACACACCAGAAUGAGCGCAUCGCCAUGCUAGGCCCCACACGAAGGGCACAGGAGGGGAAACACUGGGGGUGGGGGAUGGGGGG